AUGAUAGGAUUUAAUGAAGAUGUUAUGAGGUCAUUGGUGGAUGAUGGUAGUGUGGAACAUAAAUGGGAUAGCUAUGACAACACACAUUUCUUAUGUGGUUUUCCAACAGAAGUGGACUUUUGCUUCCAGCAAGGUCAAACAUCUACUGCUCCAAUAACAUACAAAUUGUCUGUUAAAGGACCUAUUGAACUAGCAACUGAAAAUGUACCAAAGCCACUUAUUGGAUUUAUGAGGGAUUGUUGCUUUGCAAUACAAGUAAGACAGUCAGGCAUACCAAUAAUAAGACUUGACGACUAUAACUUAGCAACUGACGACAGUGAGGAAUAA